UCCAGGGAAAGGAUUUCGCCCGCUGACUUGUCAGCCGGCAUGAGUUUCCUACUUCCUAAAUUAAACAGCAAAAAAGAGGUGGAUGAGGCGAUCAAGGCCGUGGCGGAGAAAGUCCUGGUCCUUCGCUUUGGUAAAGAUGAAGAUCUUGUCUGCAUGCAGCUGGAUGACAUUCUCGCAAAAACAUUUCAUGACUUGAGUAAAAUGGCUGCAAUUUAUUUGGUGAAUGUAAGCAAGGUCCCAGUGUACACCCAGUAUUUUGACAUUAGUUAUAUUCCAUCAACUGUCUUCUUUUUCAAUGGGCAGCACAUAAAAGUGGACUAUGGAUCUCCAGACCAUACCAAGUUUGUGGGAAGCUUCAAAACAAAACAAGACUUCAUAGAUUUGAUUGAAGUAAUCUAUCGUGGAGCAAUGCGUGGAAAACUCAUUGUACGAAGCCCAAUUGAUCCAAAGAAUAUUCCUAAGUAUGAACUUCUCUACCAAGACAUUUAAAUGCUCUUACUGGAAAUAAAUGAAAAUUGGAAUGUGCACAUCCUAAGACU